UAGAUUCGGAAUAUUUGUUAGGCUGUCCAGGUCGUAUAAUCACCGAUUGCAGCUGACGAUUUUUUUAAGGCAUUUUCCUGCUUCUAGGCUCCAAUGCACGCAAUCCUGCCUAACCACCCCUGAGUACAAUCCCGUCUGGAGUAGUGAUAUGGUGAGCUACGACAAUAAAAGCAAAUUGAACUGCGCAAUCAAGUGCGGGUUAAGUAAGUACACACACAAUAUCUGCACAAGUCUCCAGAUCGGAUCGUUCUAAAACUACAUCCACUUGUAUCGUUGUAAAACUACAUCCAUGUCUAAUCUAAACCGGCCCGGACGAGUACGCUAGUUAUCCUGAUUUGGAAUAUAUGUAUAUAUACAAGCCGUAAAGAAAGCACUUGCCUUACUUUUAGUAAGUUAAAUUUGGAGCUGCACAUAUGUAUUCUCCUGAACAUAAUGCGUGUACUGGUUUUAAAUUCCAAUUCCUGAAUUUACGGAUUUUGCUAACAGUCGAAAGCGAAAGGCGCUUUCAAGUUUCAAAGAAUCAAUUGCGUUAAUCUGGUAGGCAACCGGCCUAUAAAUAGGCGUCACUGGGUUUCCGGGGACCUCAGAAGUGCCUGGUAGCUCAAGCGAAGCGGAACCAACAAACUCCCGAAAUGGAUUGGAUCAAAAUAUUUGUUUCAGGUCUUGCCCUGCUAUUGAUUGGGAUGGCGCAGUGCUACCCGCAGUUCGAUAGCGAAAACCCCUGGUUGAGGCCUCGGCAACCCACUGAACCUACGAUAUCUCCGAAUGCGGGGGGCAGUACCCCGGCCAACGCUGCUCCACCAACCACCCAGUCACCGCGCUAUUUCGCCUGUUUCCAUUCAUGCCCGGCCACCAGCGAGUACAAUCCAAUCUGCGGCAGUGAUAACGUGAACUACUACAAUGAAAACAAGUUCAACUGCGCCUUGAACUGCGGCCUAAACAUCCGGAAGGUGCACAAGGGAAUUUGUCAGACUUAGUCUAGAUCGCUUGAAUUCAGUUCACUUGUGUAUGUAAGCAUGAACGUAUUGCAAAUACUCUAUUCAUCGUCUGAUCGAUGACAUCAGCGAAUAUAAAUAUGUAUAUAUGUACGUACAUAAAUAAAAACUUAGCGCUGUUACUGGUAUAUGGACGGUGUAUGACCCC